AUGCGCUGCGACAAUUACUGCCCAAGAUGUGGAGCACCAGAAGAGACUGUUACUCAUGCUAUCUUCGAGUGCCCUCCGGCCUUACAAGCAUGGGUGUUAUCAUCAACCCCGACGAGUGCUGAAAUCUUUCCGAUACCAAGUAUUUAUGCUAAUAUGGAUUUUCUUUUUUGGAGAAAGAAUAGUAUUCUGGAGCCCGAGGAUGAUAGAGAUCCUUAUCCUUGGAUAAUUUGGUAUAUCUGGAAAGCUAGGAAUGAUAAACUGUUUCGAGGUAUAGACAGAGAUCCAUUGGAGCUAGUUAGGUAUGCAGAGGGAGAGUGUCAAGCGUGGUAUAAUGCAAGAGAAAAUGUACCAAAUCUGCCAAAUGUACAGAAUAAUGAAGAAACACAAGUCUUAAGCUUGAGUAAUAUUUGUAUGGUGGAUGGUUCAUGGACCUCCACAGCGCAGUUUAGUGGAAUGGGAUGGGUUUGGAAAGAUACUUUGGGAAAGAUACAGCUCAUGGGGUCAAGGAAUCUGCGGAGGCGGGAGACAGCACUACAUUCGGAGCUGGAGGCGCUAAAGUGGGCCAUGGAGAGUAUGCUACAACACUCGACCUGUCAGAGGUUUGGGACGGACUGCAAGGACCUGAUUGCAAUGAUAGAGCAGCCACAAGAUUGGCCCAACUUCUCAACUGAGUUGGAAAUCGUUCAAACUCUUCGGUUAUGUUUUCCGGACUUCAAGAUAAGCUACGUUCCAAGGACGCAGAAUGAGAUUGCGGAUUCAAACAAGAUGAAGAGUACUGAAGCUCCAUUACUGGUGAAGAACAAACAACAAUCAGAAGAAGAAGAGAGAGAGAGGAUAAGAUGGGAGAAGAUGAAGAAAGUUGCUUCAAUGGCUGCUCCAAUGGUCGCCGUGAACAUGUCUCAGUUUCUUCUUCAAGCAACUUCUACGAUGAUUGUCGGUCACCGGAACGAACUCUCCCUUGCCGGAAUCGCUCUUGGAAGCUCAUUUGCUAACGUCACCGGCUUUGGUAUCCUCUUUGGUCUUUCAGGUGCAUUGGAAACACUAUGUGGCCAAGCAUUUGGAGCAGAACAAUAUCAGAAUCUUGGACCCUACACUUUCACGUCAAUGGUUUAUCUCUUGAUUAUCGCUUUUCCGAUUUCGAUUCUUUGGAUAUUCAUGAACCAGAUCUUGAUUCUUCUUCACCAAGACCCUCAAGUAGCUGAGUUAGCAUCUGUUUACUGCCUCUGGCUCAUACCGGCAUUAUUCGGUUACUCGGUUCUCGAGUCGCUGGUUCGAUACUUUCAGUCACAAAGCUUGAUAUUUCCUAUGGUGUUGAGCUCUCUAGCUACUCUCUCUUUCCAUGUUCCUCUCUGUUGGCUAAUGGUUCACAGAUUUGAGUUUGGAGUCAAAGGAGCGGCUGUGUCUAUCGGUAUAUCCUACUGGCUUAACGCGGUUUUCCUUUGGGUUUACAUGAAACGCUCUCAAACGUGCUUGAAAACGCGGAUUUAUAUGUCCAAGGAUGCGUUUCUUCACACGAAAAUCUUCUUUCAAUUUGCGGUUCCUUCUGCGAUGAUGUGUUGCCUUGAGUGGUUAGCUUUCGAGGUGAUAACUUUGCUCUCCGGUCUUCUUCCCAACUCAAAGCUCGAAACUUCGGUUAUCUCGAUUUGUCUCACGACCUCUACUUUGCACUACAAUUUGGUAAAUGGAAUCGGUGAUGCUGCGAGUACCAAUGUGGCGAAUGAGCUAGGAGCUGGGAACCCACGAGGGGCUCAUGAUUCUGCUUCAGCCGCGGUUAUAAUUGCAGCUGUUGAAUCAGUCAUUGUGAGCUCUACUCUCUUGUUAUCUCGGAAUGUAUGGCCUUAUGCUUACAGCAAUGUGGAGGAAGUAACUCGCUAUGUGACCAAGAUGACUCCCAUUCUUUGCAUUUCAAUCCUCAUGGACAGCUUCGUGAUCGUCCUCUCCGGGAUUGUGAGAGGAACAGGGUGGCAGAAAAUUGGGGCUUAUGUGAACAUAGCUUCAUAUUAUAUCAUUGGUAUUCCUAUUGGACUUCUAUUGUGUUUUCAUCUUCACUUCAAUGGGAAAGGACUCUGGGCUGGUUUAGUCUCAGGAUCAACACUACAAACUCUAAUCCUCUUUCUUGUUGUUGGGUUCACCAAUUGGACCAAAGAGGCAAACAAAGCUAGGGAGAGAAUACUUGAUGAGAAAGUAAGGAGAGAUGACUCAUUUGUUAAUUGAAGAAGAGUUUGUAGGGAAUGCUAUGAGUGAACAUUGACUGCCCGUUGAAUGAACUUGUUCUAGAAACUUCAACGGUCAUGCAAUUAAUUUAGUUUUGUCUACACUCAAUCUAAAAGGAUGUUUAAUAUGAAUCCCAUGUUGAAAUUGUAUGGGACCUAAAAUAAGUUUUGCGGGGAUUGUAAGUUAUUUUGAGAUUUAAUUAUAUAUUUUUAUAU